AUGGAGGCCAGGAGUGUGGAGAGGAAGAGAUCACUGGUUGAGAGAGUGAGAAAGAAUGUGGAAGAGGAAGUGGAAAAUGAAGUGGAAGAGGAGGAUGAAAGUGGUGCCAGUCUCACUGAAGAAGAGAAGAAGAGAGGGGUUAGUAACAAUAGUGGUGGUGGGAGAAGAGGGUCAAGUGGGGGUGGUGGAGGGGUUUCCCCACCUUCAUGUCAAGCUGAGAGGUGUGGUGCUGAUUUGACUGAUGCAAAGAAGUACCAUCGCCGCCACAAGGUGUGUGAGUUUCACUCCAAAGCACCUGUUGUGGUUGUUGCAGGGCUGAGGCAGAGGUUUUGCCAGCAAUGUAGCAGGUUCCAUGACCUGGCAGAGUUUGAUGAGUCUAAGAGAAGCUGCCGGAGGCGGUUGGCCGGACACAAUGAACGGCGCCGGAAAAGCAACCCUGAAGCUGCCAGUGAGGGCAGCAGCCAAAGCAGCAAAGGGCAUCAGCACCCUAAGGAAACAACACACUGCAGGCUUGCUGAUGAGAGGGGGAGAAUUCAGAUGAACCUGCCAGGGAGUUCAGGCUACAAGUCUUUCAACAUCAGAUGA